GCUCUUCCCCCGUGAUCCCGAAAGGGCUGCGGAGGUCAAUGCCUUGGUUCUACCGCCGCAAACUGAUCCCAUCCCGGCGGUCACCUACUCUGAACUCAGAGAGGCAGCCAAUGGUUUACGGAGAAGCGCGGCCCCUGGAAAGGAUGAUGUGACCAAUGGCGUCAUUCUCGAUACUCUCGAGGUGCUGAAGGACAACUGGUGUACCCAGUUCACUGAAGCCCUUGAGACUGGUAUAUAUCCCGAUGGAUGGAAGUCGUCCAAAGGGAUCUUCAUUCAUAAGGCCGGCAGAGACCCCACCAAGCCUAACGGCUGGAGGCCAAUCUGCCUGGUCG